AGGGAAAUUGGUAAAGGUCUUCUAACAAGACUGCUCACUCGGAAGGUGUGGACAACAGCAGUUCUAGGAAGGCGUCAACAACAGCGGUAACAACAAAAUGGCAUUGUAUGGAAUUGAUGCAAACUAUGACCUGUUGUGUGCUGCCAGGUAUGGAGAACUUCAAGACGUUAAAGCGGCUCUGAAAGCUGGUGCGGACAUCGACUUCGACCACGUGGACUGUGAGUCCUCCAGCACUGGUACGGCGUUGUACAAUGCUUGCAUGAAGGGACACAUCGACGUUAUCAAACUGCUACUCCGCAAGGGGGCGUCUACAGCGAAGAGAGACAAGACUGCAUUUGCUCCCCUUCACGUAGCAGUACACGAAGGAAGGAUUGACGUAGUGGACUUGCUGGUGCAGCAUGGUGCAACAGUAGACAUACGGGACGGCUUCCAGAACACUCCACUCAUGACUGCUUGCGUCUACAAUCGUGUCGACAUCGUUAAGCGACUGAUUCAGCUUGGAGCAAGGCCUGAUGUAAAAGAUGGCUACAUAGCCCAGAGAUUGGGAGACUAUACCGGCUGUGACAAGAGUCGGAGGCUGAUACAAGCGGCGGCGAAGACCAAGCUGUUGAGAUGCUGCAACCCUAAGUGUGGCAAACCUGGCUACAGGAAAACCCUGAAGCUGUGUGCCGGGUGCAAGCUGACCCGCUACUGCAGCCGUGACUGUCAGAAACAACACUGGUCUGUCGGACACAAGAAGUGCUGUGGGCAUGACGCGUACACUGAAGAAGGGCCACACCCCAUCGACAGAAUGAAAUCACAUCCUAGCACAUGUCCAUGUAAACAAGAGAGGUUUAAAUUUCCAAAGACGUCAUGAAACGGCUUAUCCUUAUCUGUUAAGCACACGAUGCGACAACAGCCAUUUCAAAUGUAGUAAAAAGAUAAGUGGCAAUUUGAUAUUUCUUACUAUGGUCAGUAUGGAUAAGUUACUUGUGUCUUAAGUUUGUAUAUACAGUACAUGAUAAUGUUGUGUCAAGUCUUUUUUCACAUAUGUUUGAAAUGUCACAUGGUUCCGUUCAUUCCUCGUUCAAUUUGGUUUAUCUUGUAGAAGAAAAGUUUAAAGAAGUUAGAUUUGCGAUGAGUCAAAAUGCAACAAAGAAAAUCUUCCAGCGUCCCCAUUUUCUUUCGUAUCUGUUAGAUGAGAUAAAUCCAGAUCAAUGAUCGAGAAUUUGACUGUCGCGAAAUAAUCACAGAUACGUUUCAUAUUCUCCCUUGCCUCGAUCGUGUUUGUUUGAUAAAAGUGCCAUUCCCUACUGAAUGUUGUGAAUGUAAUAAGAUAAUGAAGUGUUAAGCUAUCUGCUGUUAUUCUUUGUAAAUUUCUAUGUAAAUAAACACAACAAAAUGAAAAGUGAA